AUGUCUCCUCGAUUAUAUCUAUUCGGCGCACGCUCUACUCGUCUUAGAAUUCAACCUUCCCGCCACACUCCCCGAUCAGCGUCCUGCAAAGCGCCACAGCAACGAUGGAUUACCGCUGACGAGAAGCCACUUCCAACGACUGACGAGCCAAAGGGCCCAAAUCAAGAGCAAUUACCCCAUGUUAGUGAAGAAGCUGCAGCGGUUGACAAGACAAUGGGUGAGGCGGCACCAGACAUAGGACAGGGCACUCCAGUUCAAGAUAUCCUUAAAAGGGAUCCCGAAGGCCAGGACAAGGCGCCGAAGGUGAUUCAAGAGGACAUGAAAAAGUCCAAUUCACCAAGCGGGUCGCGCUCGUACUCAACCAGCGCGAGGCGAAGUUCUGAAGAGUUGCAAAUGACUUCUUCUGCUGGCGAAAUGGAGCUUCCGCCGUCAAUGACCUUCAAAGAUAUACCACACGAGAUGGGUGGAGAGGGUCACAAGUUUGGUCUGCCUGAAGUUCCGUUGGCAAGAACCGAUCAUUUCAAGAAGAGAUAUCACCCCGUGGUGGAUCAGUUUACAAAGGCUCUGAUGAAACAUGGGAAAUUAGGUGCUGCGCAAAGGGCUACUGCCGAUAUUCUCAACACCCUUCGUACUGCUCCUCCGCCUCAAAGCAGAUCAUCGAAGACUGGACACACAUUACUUCCCAGCGCAGGCCCUCUCAAUCUCCUUCCUCUGUCCCCUAUACAGUACCUGACUGCUGUAUUGGAUUCUGUGGCACCGCUCGUCAAGAUCAGACAGCAAAAAGGGUUGGCAGGCGGAGGAAAGGCAUUACCAAUUCCAGAACCCAUGAGUGUCAGGAUGAGGAGAAAAGCCGCGAUCAAGUGGAUCCUGGAUAGCGCAGGCAAAAGGAAUGAAUCAUUUACAGGCAAUUCCCGCAAGCCACGACAAGUCAACCUCUCUGGUCAGAAUGCCAGCGGCCGAAAAGGUCUGAAAUCUACUCAAAAGCCGAAUGCCGCCUCUCCAGGAAGUCAGGUCGCUAUCGCCCAGGCCCAGGCGCAGCGCCUACAGCGAGGACAAGAGCGAGAACGGUUAAAUGCAAGCAAACUUUUGCAGAGAUCAUGGCGGGGUCAUUCUAGCCGACAGAAAACAAGGGAAGCAUGGAGAGCAGAGUGGGAUCAGCAUGAGCUCGCAAGAAGUCCGCCGUCUUCAGACGUGGCGAGUCUGCUACGAGACACACUGGAUGAUGGCAAGGGUGCUUUAUCUUACGAAUCCGCCGGCGCGUGCUACAGUCAGUUGAGGCUGUUACUGCACUUCCUUGACAUUCAACUGGACAUGGAUCGGUCGAGGCUGAUGUACUUUGGUGGAGCCUUACAGAAGACCCUUGAGGAAGUCCCCUCAAUCGCCACAGGGGAUUCGUGGACAAUGCAGCUCUAUCGGUUGUCGAAGCUCACCGUCGAAGCACUCCGCUCGGUGGCUUUCGAAUGGACAAGUCGGACUGCUCAUCAAUCUGAAUCGUUCUUGUCACUACUAGUCUUCCUCACGAGAUUGAUACCAAAGCACAUGGCUAGAAAUGCCGAAAGAUAUUAUCAUGUGCUUGCAGUACUCCUUCUUCGAUACGGCAAAAUUUCCGCAAGGUUGGAGGAACGAGCUGCUAAAGCCGUACUUGGACUUCUCACCCCAAUAACUGCCGAGACUAUGACCGCUUACACCGCUUUCGGGACAGAACUACUUACCGUGCCAGAUACGCUUGUCCGCAUCUCAGCGGAUAGGACGGUCGCGCCAGAGCUAAAUUAUAAGAUGCUAACGACGGCUUUGAACUGCGCUAUACAAGAAGAUCGGGAAACAAAGUUAUGGCUCCUUCGUGACAGAAAACGUUCAUUAUGGCUGCUUGCGCACCUCAUUUUUCUCCACCGACACUCGUUGGGUGCGACGAGGAACUUGGAAGUCUCACAAGAGAUAGAUCACAUCAGGCUGCUAUCAGCCUUGCUGGCUGCUCAAGCAAGUGAAAUCACCAGUCGCGUCGACAUAAUCGACGAGUCCAUGAUCGACACCACGAGGCAAAAAUACACUCGUUCGGAGGCCAUGAACAUAAUGCCAUUACCGCCGUUCAUUCGAGAGCAAAUUUUGACGUUGAUCCAGAAGACUAGUAUCGUUGGCAUGAUGUCUCAGAUUGGGCUCACAGUGUCAUCUGCAGGGAAGACAGGUUCCGACGGCGCCCAAGCACUCGCAACUUAUGCUCUGACCUUGACAAGAGUCUUUCCUGGUCAACGCGCCGACGAGAUCCGUAUGUGGCUGUAUGAUGGAUCAGCAAACCUGAAAACAUCUACUGGUACCUCCGCUAUUCUUUAUUUCUGGCACUACAGUCGAUCGACUGCGAUUUUCCAGAGAAUCUCACGAGAUCAUCGUAAUGCUGUUCCACUUCUAAGAUCAUUUUUAGGUCUUGACGAAUCCAUGUCUGCCAAAGCCCUGCAAGAUAGUCAACAGGAAUGGAGAAUAUUGCUCCUUUUCUUGGAAUUAUACUCUUUCGCGAUCAGAAUUAUGGAUGAUGAGGGAUUUCUGGCUGGGGGUCAAUUUGGAACAGCUAGCUCGACUCAAUGGGGUGGCAAAAUUCGAGAAAGCUCGUUACCGUUAGAACAAGUCCGGGAACUUGUCAUUUUUCUGAAGAAUUUGGCAUUUGCGUUGUAUUGGAACUCCAAAGAUUUGCAAGAAGGGGACCAUCUGGAGCAACCAACUGGUCUGGCAGCUUAUUUCGGCAACGCUCCUCCAAGCUCUCCAUCUAGAAAUGAGGCUAGACCUAAAAUUACGUCCCAAGACUCUGCAAGAGUUCAGCUGAGAGAUCUAGUCACAGGACUUUUAAGAUCCAUACAUCAACGAGAUUCCCGUCGCAAGUUCUUCUCGGACGGUUUCUGGCUGAUGAGCUCUCAAGUUGACAUGUCUGGGUUCAUUCCGGCUGUUGUAGCAGAGGAGGAACGUAGGCAUGAAGCACAAGAUGGGGAAGAUGAAGAAGAAGACGACGACGAUUUGGCAGGCCUAGAUCCGGGAGAUGUUGGCGGCUUGGGUCUGUAUGAUGCUUAUCGUGCUCCCCGAAACACACGUCAGCUGCAGAUGAUGAAGGAACAGAAAAGAAGCAGACGUAUGCGGCAGAUGGAAGCCGUUGCUCCACGUCACGAAAUACUCCAAAAUCUUCCUUUUUUCAUUCCCUUCGAAACCCGUGUCCAGAUCUUUCGAGAAUUCAUUCUCAGAGAUCAACAACGCAGAAGAGGAGGAAUUAUUGAUCCAGACACUUGGCGGCUGUCCAUUGUACAGUCUCGAGACAUCAACCCCGAGACAGGCCGGCCGACGGGUAUAGACAUCUUACAACGGCACCAUGCGAAUAUUCAACGGCAACAUAUCUUCUCUAGUGCGUUCGAUCAAUUCAACAAACUUGGCGAUGGACUCAAAGAACCUGUUCAGAUAACAUUUAUCGAUCAGUUUGGAUCGGAAGAGGCAGGAAUAGAUGGUGGAGGCGUCACCAAAGAAUUUCUGACCAGUAUAACAAAAGAGACGUUCGAUCCUCUGAACGAGGAGCAGCUUUUCGUCGCCAACGAGCAGAAUCUGCUGUAUCCAAAUCCAGGGAAAUUGGAUUCAUAUAUAUACUUACUCCGUGCUGCUGGCAUGCGAGAUAAGACUGCAGAGAUGGACGCUGCCGUGAAGGAACUGCUGGCCCGCUACCGAUUCCUCGGCCGCAUUAUCGGGAAGUGUCUGUACGAAGGGUUUCUCAUUGAUGUCAGCUUUGCUGGAUAUUUUCUCCUACGAUGGGCACUUACUGGUGGUACUACCCAGGCGGCCAAGGAGUCAGGCUAUCGACCCACUAUAGACGAUCUUCGUGAGCUGGACGAAGAUCUCUAUCAGGGUAUUUUAAAGCUGAAACACUACGACGGCGAUGUAGAAGCAGAUUUUGGUCUGAACUUCACGGUUGUAGACACAUUUGAAGUCCCUGCACCUACACCUUCGAACCCGCAUAACACCGAAACAAAAUCUGUUACCCGCCCACUCAUUUCCGGUGGCGCAGAUAUACCCGUUACGAACAUCAACCGCCCUCAAUACAUUUCCGCUCUCGUCAACCACCGUCUACGCACCCAGUCCCUCUUCCAAACCAACGCCUUCCUCCUCGGACUCGGCGAGAUCAUCCAACCGAUGUGGCUGAGCAUGUUCGCGGCGACAGCCGCGAGAUCGACAUCUCCGACCUCCGCACCAAUACCGUCUACUCUGGCCUCUACGUCCUGGGAGACAACGACGAGGAACACCCGACCAUUAAAUUAUUCUGGGACGUCCUCCGCCAGAUGGACGACCAGGACAGGAGGAAAGUUCUGA